UUUUUUCUUGUGGUGACUGUUCCUGCAUUCCAAAUUAUAUAAAUCACCCUUCGAAUGGCCCUUUGAAGGGAGGAUCAUCAAGGUAUAUUUCAAAAUUGAUCCAGAAUUGAUAGCCUCACACGGCUAGUUACAACAACUGCUGAAACUAUUGCUAAAAUAGAACAAAGACGUGAGACUUGGACUUGGACUUGGCUUGGACUUGGACCUCAGGGACUUGUGAACAUUCAGUCCAAAACGAAAGGUUGAACUAAAGAGGUGUGGGAAUAACUGCAUUAUAUCCUGUGAUAGUCACAAUUAUGGAUCAUUUAUUGCCUUUUGAGUCCAAACGUUUGAGGACAGAUUUGAGAGAUUCUCUCUUUGGGCAGCACAUUGUGUCUGAUGUUGUACUAAAAGCAGUAUCGUCAUUUAUGACUGACAAAAACCCAAACAAACCGCUGGUCCUCUCUUUGCAUGGGUCUACAGGAACUGGAAAAAACCAUGUGGCUAAAAUCAUUGCAAGAAACAUUUACAAAAAAGGGGAAAAUUGCAAGCAUGUUCACACAUAUAUAUCUGAAUAUAAUUUCCCAAACAAACAAUAUUCACACAUCUACAGUGCACAGUUAAAGCAGCAGAUUAUUACCGCGGUAUAUUGGUUUCCCCGCUCCAUGUUCAUAUUUGAUGAAAUGGACAAGAUGCAUCCACAGCUGAUUGACAUCAUAAAACCUUUUCUGGACUACAAUGCCCAAGUAGACGGCGUCUCAUUCAACAAAGCAAUCUUCAUUUUUCUCAGUAAUGCAGGUGGGAAUGUGAUUACUGAAGUGGCUCUGGAUUUCUGGAGAAGUGGGAGAGCUCGGGAAGAGAUCAGGAUGAACAGCAAAGAACUGGAGACUAAGAUCUCUGAAAACAUCAACAAGAAUUCGAAAGGUGGAUUUUCACACUCUAGUCUAGUCAAUAAUCAUCUGAUUGAUCACUAUAUUCCUUUCCUACCUCUGGAGCUGGAGCAUGUGGGCCAGUGUGCCGUGGCUGAGAUGAUCCAUCUGAACAUCAAACCAAACUAUGAUGUAGCACUCAGAGUGGCCAAAGACAUGCCCUUCUUCCCUGAAAAAGAGAGGGUCUUUGCUGUUAAAGGCUGCAAGUCUGUCAGACAGAAGUUGGUGCUGUAUUUUGAUUAAUAGGAGACAUUUCAGCUUUUUUUGCUGUAAAUUCCACUAUAUGCAAUUAAUAUAAGGCAAAACCAAUAAAGUAAUAAUUAUGCGGAGUCAUUUUAAUUUUAUUUAUCUAUAAUCUUUAUGAAUCUUUAUGAAUAUUUUAUGCACAUUUAAAUAUUUUGCACAGAGUAGUUUGAGAUCAACUUUAUAUAAAAUGCUGCAGAUGAGUAGAAGCUCAAGAUCACAAAAACACUGGACAGGACAUCAGACUUGCAGAAUUAGAUGUGCAGCCUCUGUUGCAUAUGUGGAAGUGAUUGCUUUACUAGACUCAGUUUCAUUCAUUUUAACACAAUUCAUUUUAUUCUAACUCUUAUUUUACUCACCUUUUAGUUUCUAAUUUUAAUAUUUUAUGUCCCUAUGUAAUAUAAAUGAAUAUAUUAAAAUAUUUUGAAAUGCUUACAAAAUAAUGUGACUUUUUGUGGUUGUUGGAAUCAAGUUCCAGACACUCUAAUUCA